CCAAAGCCCAACUGAGAAGCGAGACAUUUAAAAGGUUCUAGUCCAGCAGCUCAGGCGCUUGAGUGCUCGACUGGAGCCGCAGACAAAAGCAACAGAAAAAAAAUGAUCGCUAAGUAAUCAGGAGGUGCAGUGUGUUUCAUACAAAUACAUUUACCAAUAAAAAUGUUCUGCUAAAUUAAAACAAUUGGUACAUGUAACCCUUGACUUAGUGGAAUUUUUUGAAAAGAUUCAUUAAACAUGAAACAUCAUCGCUUGUGAAUGUAUGAUCGAUUGGUUGAGUCUGAGACAGCCGCACAGGAAGCACAGCACUCUUCAACACAAGUUAGCGGCCGCGAUUCACAGGACCCAGGCUUUUGUUGAGGCUGCCAGUCAUGGGAUUGACUAAGCAGUACCUGCGCUACGUUGCCAGCGCAGUGUUUGGUGUAAUUGGCAGCCAGAAAGCCAACAUUGCAUAUGUGACCCUUCGAGGAGGGGAGAGAGGGCGGUACGUCGCUGUGGCCGCAUGUGAACACGUCUUCAUCUGGGAUGUCCGGAAAGGAGAGAAGGUCCUGAUCCUGAAGGGCCAGAAGCAUGAGGUGACCUUCCUCUGCCCUUCGCCUGAUGGCAUCCACAUCGCUGUGGGUUAUGAGGACGGUGCAGUGCGUAUCUUCAGUCUUCUGAACGGCGAGAGCAACGUGUCCUUCAAUGGCCACAAGUCAGCUGUCAGCGUUAUCCAUUACGACGGGCUGGGAGCGCGGCUUGUCACUGGCUCCAAAGACACAGAUGUGAUUGUUUGGGACAUCAUCAAUGAGUGCGGCUUAUACAGAUUAAAAGGCCAUAAAGACGUCAUCACACAGGCCCUGUUCCUUAAAGACAGAAACCUCCUUGUCACCAGCUCCAAGGACAGCUUUGUAAAAUGGUGGGACCUGGACACACAGCACUGCUUCAAGACCUUGGUGGGCCACCGAAGUGAGGUGUGGGGCAUGCUACUGUUGAACCAGGAGACCAGACUGUUAACAGGCUCAGCUGACAGUGAACUUCGGGCCUGGGACAUCAACUACCUGCAGGAGGAAGAAGCAAAGGGUGAGCCCAAAGUGAAGAAGGGUAAAACUCUACUGGAUGAAGAUGAUGAACAAGACAACGAGGAAGAGCAGGAGGAAAGUGUGGAAGAGCGGAUCUUGAGUUGUAAGAAAGCCGGCUCCAUCCUCCGACAGGCCAGAGACAGAGUUGUCUCCCUGACAGCAGACACCAGGGCCAGCGUCAUCGCCUGCCAUGGCAAUGAUUCAGUCCUGGAACUGUUCACGGUGCUGUCACAAGAGGAAGUGGAGAAGAAAAUGUCCAAAAAGCUGAAGAAAGCAAAAAAGAAGGCCGCAAAAGCUCAGGAAGAUACAGGAGAGGAGGCAGCAGUGCCGGUGGUGGAGAGGAUGCUGAAGGACGAGAUCAUCAGGCUGACCAACAUCAAGGUGUCCUCUAAGAUCCGAUGGGUGGACUUUCUGUCAUGUCCAGGCGGUGAGCUGAAGGUGGCGCUGCUGCUGCAGAACAACACCAUAGAGACCUACAGCCUGAAGACAGCCGACCAGACCCCCACAGCCAACAAGACGGCUCGCCUCACGCUGGGCGGCCACCGCACCGACGUCCGUACGCUGGCCUUCAGCUCGGACAACCUGGCCGUCCUCUCCGCCUCCGGAGACACAGUCAAAGUGUGGAACAGGUCCACUCUGCAGGUGGUUCGCACCAUGGCCUGUGACUAUGCUCUGUGCUCGCUCUUUGUACCUGGAGACAGACAGAUCGUCCUGGGAACUAAGAGCGGCAAGCUACAGAUCUUUGACUUGGCCUCAGGAAGCCUUCUGGAGAAUGUAGCAGCUCAUGAUGGAGCCCUGUGGUCCCUGUGCCUGGCCCCAGACCAGAGGGGCAUCGUCACAGGAAGUGCAGAUAAGACGGUUAAGUUCUGGGAUUUUGAACUGAUAAAGGACCAGGAGACUGAUCAGAAGAGGCUGACGGUGAAACACACUCGCACUCUGCAGCUGGAGGAGGACGUUCUGUGUGUGAAGCUUUCCCCCGAUCACAGGCUGCUGGCCGUGUCUCUGUUGGACUGCACCGUAAAGGUCUUCUACACAGACACACUGAAGUUCUUCUUGUCUAUGUAUGGACACAAGCUGCCUGUUCUUUGUCUGGACAUCUCACAUGACAGCGCACUUAUCGCCACCGGCUCCGCUGACCGAAACGUGAAGAUCUGGGGUCUGGACUUCGGUGACUGUCACCGCUCUCUGUUCGCUCACGAUGACAGUGUCAUGUUCCUCCAGUUUGUCCCCAAGACUCAUCUGUUCUUCACAGCGGGGAAGGACAAGAAGAUCAAACAGUGGGAUGCAGACAAGUUUGAGCAGAUCCAAACCCUAGAGGGACACCAUCGAGAGGUUUGGUGUUUCACCAUCAGCCCCAACGGCGACCACAUUGUGUCGUCAUCCCAUGAUAAGUCCCUCCGUCUCUGGGAGAGAACCAGGGAGCCCAUCAUCCUGGAGGAGGAGCGGGAGAUGGCGAGGGAAGCAGAGUAUGAGGAGAGCAUGGCUAAAGGAGACAUACCCGUGGUGCCGGGGGAGACUCAGGGAGAGGCUGCACCAGCUGGAAAGAAAACCGUGGAGACAGUCAAAGCUGCAGAGCGAAUAAUGGAAGCCUUGGAGCUUUACAAAGAGGAAACCAUGAAGAUGGAGGAGCAUAAAUAUGCUUGUGAGAAUGCAGGCAAAGAGCUUCCUCCACCCAAAGCCAACCCGAUCCUGGUGGCCUUCGGCAACGUUUCACCGUCCUGCUACGUUCUAGACGUCAUAAAGAAGGUCAGGUCCAGUGAGUUGGAGGUUUCCCUGCUGGUCUUACCCUUCCCCUACGUCCCAGAACUGCUGAAGCUCUUUGGCAGCUACAUCCAGCAGGGCCUGGAGGUGGAGCUGGUCUGCCGCUGCCUUUUCUUCCUUCUCAGGAUCCACUUUGGCCAAAUCUCCAGCAACCAAAUGCUGUUGUCUGUCAUAGAUGAGCUACGGACCAACACUCUCGCAAAAGUGUGCGAAAUCAGAGAUGUGCUGGGCUUCAACAGUGCGGCCCUGCAGUUCCUCCAGCGGGAGAUCGAGAGCAAAGAAGACGUGAUGUUCUUCGCUGAGGCCACAGGUCGACUGAAGGAGAAUAAGAAGAGGAGGAGGAAGCGGGAGCGAGCCAUCCUCACCAUUGCUUAAAUGUUUGACUGUGUAGAAACAUUCACUGGGUUUUGUACAUUAUUAAAUCCUAACAGGAUGUAACAGUUUUUCAGAAACCUGCUUCAUUUCCCAAAUAAACUGCGUCUGACUGGUU